GGCGAGAUCGCACUCGGACUGAAGGCGCGCCUGGCGGGAGCAAGGGCACCGCCGCGGCGCGCCGUUGCCCGCUGGAGAUACCGCGGCUCCCCGCACUCGCUCGGCUUGGCCUCACGAGCGCGACCCAAACGCGCGAGCCUUUCCUCCCGUCCACAUCCACAACCGGCCCUCGCUCUUCACGACUCUUGCAUGCUCCUUGCUGCACACGCGAGCAUCAAAUCAGCCAUUCGAACGGGCCUCCGCUCCACCGCUACCUCGCGCGUCAUGUCCUCUGGCGCCUCCACGUCCGCCUCGCUGCCGCCGGGCGUCGAGAAACUGCGCUCGCUGCUCAACGGCGCGCACUCGUCGCAGAGCUGGGACGCCGCCUGGAAGGCGGGUUUGACGCCGUGGGACAAGGGCGCCGCGCAGCCCGCGCUUGUAGCAACGCUCGACGAUGAGCAGCUUGGCGCCCUGCUGCCGCGCUCCGGCCGCGCUGCAGUGCCGGGCAUGGGAAGGGGCUUCGAUGCCGAGCUGCUGGCGCGCCGUGGCCUGCAUGUGACCGGUGUGGACAUCAGCGAGACGGCCGUCGAGGAAGCACGCAAGUGGCUCGAUGCGCAGCCGUCAGACGCCGCACACGAGCGCAUCACGCUGCGCGCCGCCGACUGGUUCGCAAUGCAGCCGGUCGCCGAUGACGCCGAAGAGGGGCCCACAACCUCGAGUCGCUUCGACCUGUGCUACGACUACACGUUCUUCUGCGCACUGCCGUCGACGCUGCACGACAAGUGGGCGCAGGCCUACACACGCCUGAUCAAGCCGGGCGGCAAGCUGCUGGCGCUCGUGUAUCCGAUCCAGGGAGACCGGCCAGGCGGACCACCCUACUCGGUCGACCCGGAGCGCUACAAGCAGCUGCUCUCGCCCGCCUUUGAGCUGGAGCACCAGGCGCCGCCGCUCGUGCGCGGCCAGGACCGCGAGGAGGGUCUCGAGCAGAUCAUGAUCUGGCGGCGCAAGGCCGACACGCCGUCAGCGCUGUGAACUAUGGUUGUUGUGACGGCGAGAUCUGGUGAAGGUAGGGUGACGCGUGUGCGGGAACGAAGACGUGACGUGUGUACAGAACGUGGUGAGAGGUAUGAGAGCGGAUGCAGGUUCACGGGCGGUGUCGCUCAGUCUUCUGCCGGUGAGGCUCUGCCCUUCUUGCUUCCCU